AUGCGUAACGCGUCCCUGUGUGAGCUGCGCCCCUAUUGGGCCCGAGACUUGGAGGAAAUGAGAGCGCGGCGUCGAUUGGUCCGGCCUUCCCUGCAAUGCGUCAAACUGGGGCGAGCCACUGAGUGGUGGUGUGUCCAACCUCAGAAGCAUAGGAAGCAAUUGAAAAGACCACUGUUUGUGGAAGAUCGGAACCUGUUGGAGCAAAAUAAAAAGUAUUUCAAGCGAAGUGAACUUGCAAAAAAGGAAGAGGAAGCAUAUUUUGAAAGAUGUGGCUACAAGAUACAACCAAAAGAAGAUCAGAAACCGUUAACUUCAUCAAAUCCAGCAUUAGAACUUGAAUUGGCAGAGGAAAAAUUGCCCAUGACUCUUUCUAGGCAAGAGGUAAUCAGAAGAUUACGAGAAAGAGGAGAACCAAUUAGAUUAUUUGGAGAAACUGAUUACGAUGCUUUUCGGCAUUUAAGAAAGAUAGAGAUUCUUACUCCAGAAGUUAAUAAGGGAUUGAGGAAUGAUCUGAAAGCGGCGUUGGAUAAGAUUGAUCAGCAGUACCUCAAUGAAAUUGUGGGAGGCCAAGAACCUGGAGAGGAAGACACGCAGAACGAUUUGAAAGUUCCUGAAGAAAAUACCAUAAUUGAAGAGUUAGAGGCGCUGGGAGAGUCUUUAGGAAAAGGGGAUGAUCAUAAAGACAUGGAUAUCAUUACCAAAUUCCUCAAGUUUCUUCUUGGUGUUUGGGCUAAAGAAUUGAAUGCCAGAGAAGACUAUGUGAAGCGCAGAGUGCAGGGUAAACUGAACAGCGCUACCCAAAAACAGACCGAGUCCUAUCUCAGACCGCUUCUCAGAAAGUUAAGGAAAAGGAAUCUUCCUGCAGACAUCAAGGAAUCGAUAACUGAUAUUAUUACAUUCAUGCUACAAAGAGAAUAUGUGAAGGCAAGUGUUGCUUAUCUGCAGAUGGCCAUUGGAAAUGCCCCUUGGCCCAUUGGUGUCACUACGGUUGGGAUCCACGCCAGAACUGGAAGAGAGAAGAGCUUUUCCAAGCAUGUUGCACAUGUUUUAAAUGAUGAAACGCAGCGGAAAUAUAUCCAGGGUUUGAAGAGGUUCAUGACUAUUUGCCAGAAGCACUUUCCUACAGAUCCGUCGAAGUGUGUGGAAUACAAUGCACCAUGA